CUUUUUUUCUUUUUAUUAAUGGGAAACAAUCCAAGCCGAGAAAAACAGGGGACAAAAUCAAGUAAAUGUCGAACAACCUUAACGCCAUUUAACUCUACUGUGUCUUUGAACAGCAGUAAAGCUGGUAUUAUAAACCGGUUUAAGACAACCAACAGACAUAAAAAGUCUGUGAGCCUUGUCCAACAACCAUUUGAGGAGUCCACGUUAAAUAGUUUACAUGCUGUGUCACAGCCCACUUUUGAAGCACCAUCGAUAGAUAAAUACACAGAUAGCCAAAUGACACUUUUAAGUAACAACUCGUCGCAGGUCGAGAGUAUGCAUACUUCUAGUAACUCAUAUUCUACUUUAAACACGCAUAUGUCUGAAAAUGAGAUGGCACGUGCUUAUUCAAGUGAAAUGAUGUUAAAGGAAUUAUACCUGCUGUGCGAAACAAGUCCUGAAAGGAUUAAAGAUCGUGACAGGCGACACAGACAGCAUUAUUUAUUAAAACGUAUCUGGGGAAGUAAUUACAGAAUUCCUUUAGUAGAUCCUACACUCAUUAUUGACUGGUGCUGUACUACCGCUGCUUGGGAUAUUGAACUAGCAAUAGAGUUUCCAAAUUCAAAGGUUAUCGGCAUAGAUUAUGAAUCCGCUACUGUUGCUAGUUUGAACACAUCUGUCAAGAACUUCUCUUUUCAAAAUGCCAUGAUUCAUCAAGGAGAAACAGGCUUGAACGUAAUCGAAAAUAACCAAGUAGAUUAUAUUGUCAUGAGAGAUGUCUGGCUUGUCAAUUGUCCAGUGAGCAAAUGGACUAAUUUAUUUGAGGAAGUCUUACGCAUUUUAAAGCCCGGUGGAUACAUUGAGAUCUAUGAACAGGACACCAAUUAUAAAUCAGUGGGCCCUUAUCUCUCCAUUCUGGAAGGUUGGGCGGAUAUCUUUUAUGAGGCGAUCAAACUUGAUCGUAACACAAACAACCAAUUAGGUUCACUUCUAAAAGAUUCGGGCUUUAUCAAUAUACAACAUGAGUACAAGGAAUUACCGCUUGGAGAAUGGCCAGAAGACAAAGAAUCAAAAGAAACGGGUUAUUUACAAAAGGAUUUUACCGAGCGCGGCCUCAGAGAAGCUAAACGCUGGUUAUGUAAAUUCAAUAAUGUGUCGGAAAAAGAAUAUGCACAUGUUAUGACAAGAGCUUUAGAUGAAUGUGAAGAUUAUAAAACGUACAUUCGCAGUUUAUAUUUCUCCGCCCAGAAACCAUCAUGAUUACGCACAAAUAACACACUCCUUUACUUACCACAUUUUUUACAUACGACUUAAUAUAAUACAUACCAUAUAUGCACAUAAUUGUAAUCAGUUCAAAUCCGAAGCUAUAUAAACUGUCAAGACACACAACACGAGAAAAAAAAGAAAAAAAAAAGAGCAAAUUUUAUUA